AUGUCUUUCUUCACCAGAGUUUUGACGAUGAAAUGCAAGCAGACACUUGAAUGUGAGAGGACUUACUUUUACCAGGCGCUUUUUGCCAGCAGCAGGUUUCCCGGGCAGCCCCGGCUGUGCAGCAGCCAGUCCCUGGAGGUGCGGAGCAGCCCGCGGGCGGCGGCGGGGAACAAAGGCGAGGGGCGCGGAGCGGAGCUGCUGGAGCCCCCCCCGCGCCGCCUGGGCAGGGUGAAGAGCCUGCACGAAAUGCCCGGACCCAACACCCUCUACAACCUCUACGAGUUCUUCUGGAAGGACGGCUUCGGCCGCAUUCAUGAAAUCCAGCAAAAACACACUCAGGAAUAUGGAAAGAUCUUCAAGUCUCACUUUGGUCCCCAGUUUGUUGUAUCCAUUGCAGAUCGAGACAUGGUUGCUCAAGUCCUCCGAGCAGAAGGCAGAGCACCACAAAGAGCCAACAUGGAAUCCUGGCAGGAGUACAGAGAUUUACGGGGGAGAGCCACAGGGCUCAUUUCUGCGGAGGGGGAGCAAUGGCUAAAAAUGAGAAGUGUACUGAGGCAAAAAAUUCUGAAACCCAAAGAUGUGGCUAUUUACUCUGAAGGAGUCAAUGAAGUUAUCACAGACUUAAUUAAAAGAAUCCACACCCUCAGAAGUCAAGAGGAGGAUGGGGAAACAGUGAUCAAUGUUAACAACCUUUUCUUCAAGUACUCAAUGGAAGGUGUGGCAACUAUUCUGUAUGAAUGCCGGUUGGGCUGCCUUGAAAACAACAUUCCACAGCAGACUGUUGAAUAUAUUGAGGCUCUGGAAUUGAUGUUUAGCAUGUUUAAGACUACUAUGUAUGCAGGUGCUAUUCCCAAAUGGCUUCGCCCACUUAUUCCAAAACCCUGGAGAGAGUUCUGCAGAUCCUGGGAUGGACUCUUCAAAUUUAGUCAAAUCCAUGUUGACAACAAAUUGAAGGCUAUUCAGUCUCAGCUGGACCAAGGAGAAGUACUGAAAGGUGGGCUACUUACACACCUCCUAGUGAGUAAGGAACUUACUUUGGAAGAGAUCUAUGCCAACAUGACUGAAAUGCUUCUGGCAGGAGUGGACACAACUUCUUUUACUUUGUCCUGGGCAAUAUACUUGCUGGCAAAGCACCCGGAGGUGCAGCAACGUGUUUAUGAGGAAAUAGUCAAUAAGCUGAGGAAAGAUCAAGUUCCAGCUGCCCAUGAUGUCCCAAAAUUGCCUCUGAUUAGAGCUGUCCUGAAAGAAACCUUGAGGUUAUAUCCAGUACUGCCAGGAAAUGGAAGAGUAACCCAAAAAGACUUGAUCAUUGGAGGAUACUUGAUACCAAAAGGGACCCAGCUGGCACUUUGUCAUUAUGCUACUUCAUACAGUGAAGAAAAUUUCUCAGUGGCAAAUGAGUUCCGACCUGAGCGCUGGCUGAGGAAAGAUAAUUUGGACAGAGUGGACAACUUUGGCUCCAUCCCCUUUGGUUAUGGCAUUCGAAGUUGUAUAGGAAAAAGAAUUGCAGAGCUGGAAAUCCAUCUUGCACUGAUUCAGUUACUUCAGAAUUUUGAAAUCAAAAUUUCUCCCAAAACUGAACCAGUUCAUGCCAAAACUCAUGGGCUUUUGACUCCUGCAAAUUCCAUCAAUGUCAGAUUUUCUGACAGGAAGUGA